GGCGCUGUUGAAACAAGAUUUUCCAACAAAUGAAAUUGCGUGUAAAUUAAAAAUACGGAAUGAGCAGCACAACAGAAUUGGGUUGCGCCAAUAGUUACAUUUUUGCAUGCACAAUUUCUUAAGACCGCUGUUAGUAUCUGAAGAAGGAGAAAAAAUAAGGGUUCAACAUCGUAACAAUGAUAAAUUUCUUGCAAUUUUCCAGCAAGAUUCAGACCAACAUUGAAACCUUUUGAGUUAAAGCAUAUUUUUAGUUAGUUCAAAUUUAGCAGCUCUGUUCAAAACAGGGAUGAAAUAGAAAUCAGUAGAUCACCUGAUCAAAAGUAUGAUCUAUUAUUAAUUUCUAGGCGGCGGUAAGAAAAGGUACUGAUAUUUAUUUUCUUCAAUUACCAAAACUAACAUUGAGAUUUAGAUCACAUAAAGUAAAUCAUUUUUUGAUAAUCUAACAGUCUAUUUUGUAUCAUUUUCAGAUCCUUAAGGGUAUACACUACAUAUUGCACCUUUGAAUGAUUUGUCUUCCCACAGACCUUUUUUUUUAAAAAAAAUUACCGCAUUGGUUGUUGUUGGGCUUAUCGAUGCUAAGCGGAAGUGAUUUACAGUUCCGUGGUGAUAAAUCAAUAAAUCACUAGUUUUUCUGCUUCUAAACUGUGGUGCUUGAAAGGAAACCAUUUUUUUUCUCGGACUAAUUAAAUGAAACGCUUCCACACGUUUUAUUUGCGUAAUUUGAAUGCAACAACGUGCUGUUUAAUUAACCUAUCUUCUUCUGCUUUCUUCUUCUGAAAUAUAAUUGAAGAUGAAUGUGCGAUCAGUAGACCAUGAUCAGUUGAGCACUAACCCGCAACAAACAAAGAAACUGAACAAGAAACAGAAAGAUUUGCGGCUUAAUGUUAGUGUGCAUGCUAUACUAAGGAAAGUCAACGAAGGGAAGACGCUUAAAUGAGAUAAAAGUUCCCUUUUCUUUGAUAGGAGGAGGAAUAUUAUGUUAAAACUUCUGUGGUGAAAUGGUACCUUAGCUUACUUCUUAGCAACCAGAAAGAUAUAACUUUCCAAUGAUGUUGAAGACUGUGUUUCGAAGUAUUUUUCUUCUUGUACUGUUUCAGGAAGAUGCUUUAACCUCCGAUUUGCUGGUCACUAGCCUGGAUUUUAGUAACCACACAGUCACUAACAACACAUCCAAUCUAAAAGUCACUAGCUUAGAUUUAAACAAUCAUACCGCCCAGGCGAAUAGAAGCGUUACUAGCCUGUUACCCACAGGAACUACAACAUUAAUAAGGGUGGCAGAUGACUCUUCCAGGUCAGAAAUCUAUAAAAUGAAUAAUGGCUUAAUGUUGUUACAUGCUCAACGAGACCAUCUCGGACCCGAGGCUAAAAAAUCAAUUUUGUUGCAGAAAGAAGCUAGCAGUAGUAUUAACUAUCACGUUCGAUCACGUACAAAAGGGAAUGAUUCAGCAAAUUCUUUUGCUGAACAUGAAAAAAAGUUAGAAGCAAAACUUGGGAAUUUGCCUCAAGUUCAUCAAAAGAAACGAUCGGCAGUCGUUGCAGAAGUAAAUGGAGAUAGGAAACGUAGUUACGCAGCACGCUUAAAUAAAAAGAGAACAUAUAGACACGGAAAAAGAGAUAAGUGGAGAAGUGUUAUUCAAGGAGAAAAUAAGGGUGGAGAUGUAUUAAAAAGAAGUACAUACCCAGCUAAAAACUCAAAACAUAAGAGAGACACCUACCGAGGUGUGUUAGAUGUUUUAAAAGAUGAAAGUAUUAUUGAUGAUAUAGUUGCGCCAACUUCUUCUUUUAAACUACUAAAAAGACAUGAUGAGAAGCAUGGGCGUUUACGACGUGCUUUAAGCAUGAUGGGAUCGCUCAGUGAAGACGACCCUCUGUUUGAUGCUGAUCAACCAGAGGAAACAUUAAAACGAGAAUACGAAAAAAGAGCUCAACGGAUAAUAAAACAACAUGAAAAGCUUGGAAAUUUAUAUCAUAGAGGAAUUGAAGAAGAUGUGCAGGCAAUUCCUCCCAUAAGUGAUAUUAAACAAUCCUUUGAUCCCAUUAAACCCUUAGAACCUUACCCGAGAUUUCCAGAGUUUCAUUCAGCUAUCGGCCAUUACCCACGGUUCGGUGUUCCAGAUCUAAAAUUAAUGAAUUACCCGCGCUUUGGUGAGCCCAAAAUGGACGAUUAUGAAAAUAUUCCAGGAAUACCACGCAUUAGACCAUUAAGUAGAGGCGACGAAGUGACUGGCGAUAGACGAGGAUUCCAAACAAAAGACGAUUUUUAUGACGAAGAACUCGACGACAGUAUUGAACAUAUACAACGUGCGAAAGAAAUGACGGCACCGACACCGAUACCCUCUUUAACCGACAUACCAUCUAUUACCGAUAUUCCAACACUAAAACCCAUACCGGCGGCUCCUGGAAAGCCUGAAAGUACGUCGGGUGGUGUAAAUGGAAAAAUGCCAGUCAUGCAAACUGUAGAUACAGGAAAUGGUAAAGAAACUCGAAUAUCUGCCUAACAUCAGCGCUUUAAUAGAGUGGAAUCCAUUUUAUAAAGAAACAAUUUUUGGUGCAAAAUAUCAUCAAAACUAUAGUUCUAUGUACGCCACCAAAUCAGCAUCCAGGAUAUUUUUGUAGUCUUUAAACCACUCAUUUGUUGUACAGCUAAAGCAUACACGUUUUUGUGUGUUAUUUUUUGUACUUAUUUACGUUUUGUAGCAAUGAUGUCAUCCUCUUUUAUAUUUAUUUAUUUGAUAUUUUUACGCAUGUGUAUUUAUUUAUUUAUUUAUUUAUUUAUUCCAGCAUGAUCACACUGUUAGCUGUUUUUAGUUAAUAUAUUUACUUAUAAAAAGAUAUGUAUCUAAAUUAUUCAGUUCUAGUACCCUUAUUAAUAUCCUUCUUAAAACACAGCCAAAUU